UGACGGACGACGGACUUGUCAGCUUGUCACUCCUUGUCACGUUUGUAUUUGUCAGGUGUUUGUCAAAAGCGUCAUCUGACUAAUAGCUGUAAAAACAAUCCAAGAUGUUACCGAUUACAAAAAAAUGUACAAAUAGGUAGUUACGAGGAGCCUGGACCAGAAUGAACGGGGAAGAAGAUCGCUGGUCAAUUUACACAGCGUCACAGCACUUGCCGGCUGUCCUGACCGACCCCAACAGGGGUAAACAAACAAACUUCUUCACAAAAACAUGGGGGGACUCCUUCAUGGAAAGGACUGUGAUAGAAAAAAGUCCCUUCUUGCCAGAUAUUACGUAUGCUCACUUUGAAAAUUACUUGAGGAAGUUUGGCAAGCGACAUAAAAAGCAUGUACGUUUGUCUCAGGCUAGAUUUGAGAACAAUGCUGUUAAACCGAAGCAAUGCCAAGGAAUUGAGAGAAUUCCAGAGAUAUACUUAAGGCCAAAUUUGAGUUUGAAUGAUCCCAAAGUGUUCGCCGAGGUGUUUCAGAGUAAUAAGAGUGAGCAUCAACUUCAAGAAGAACUGAGCCAGUAUUUGGAUAUUGUAGAAGAGCAGAUUGCUUCACAGGUGUCACAGAGGUCAGGAGCUUUUUUCCAUGCCAUGACCUCUCAUGAUACAAUCAUGGAGCAAAUGGGGAAUGCAUGCAACGAAGUGAGAGCAUUGAGGACCAAAGUACAGAAGGUUGACAAAAAUUUAGCAAGAGAUCCAUUGAAAUUGAUAGGUUUAGCUAGAUCAAAAGCAAAUCACACUAAACUCCUGAACAAGUUGAAGCUUAUGUCAACUGUUUUGCAGACUCAGCCUACUUUGCAGUUGCUAUUGAGUUCAUCAGAUUAUGUGGGUGCUUUAGAGCUUAUUUCUAGUACACAGGAGGUUCUUGCAGAAGAACUUGCUGGGGUAACUAGUUUGAGGCACCUACCAUCACAGCUUAAAGAAAUGUCAAAACUUAUAGAUAAAAUGCUUAGCACAGAGUUUGAAAGAUAUGCAGCUGCAGAUUUGCAUCGGCCAUUGAGUACUGAUGAAGGAGUCUUAGAACCAGAGAGAUUGAUAAGUUUGGUGGCAGGGCUUCUACGGCAAAAUCAUAUGAAUUUUUUAGAGGUAUAUAAACAAGAGGCUGUGACAGCAGCUCAGGCCAUAUUGAAACAAUUAAUGAUAGAGCAGCUUGCUGAUGCUGAAGAUGAACUUAACGAGCUCACAGGUAGUGGAGAGGUAGCCCCAACAAUGGAUGCUGCACAUUGGUUGAGAGUACUCAAAUCGGCUAGUGAUGCACUGGGUAAAUUAAUACUUAGGGUAAAAGCUGUACAUAAUGUGAUACAAGAUACUGCAGCCGCAAGUGCCGGUCUAACGAGUAGUUCCAAAUUGAAUUCGUCGUGUGAUUCAAGCCAUUUUUUGAGCCUCGAAGACCACAAUAGGGUGGUCAUGAAACUUAAGGAUCUUUUGACGUCUGUCUGUGAUUAUUGUAAUGAAAGGCUAGCAUCAUUGGUAAGCACCCAAUCCGAGAAACCAGCUGUAACAGCCGCACAAGUAUCGGAACUCUCGGAGGCGGUGGAUGCGUUCUCGCGGCUGUGCGAAGCGACUUGCGGGCGACCGGGGGCGGCGUUGAAGGCCGCCUUCAAGAUCCGAGCAGGCAGCUACGUGCAUCGGUUUCACGCACAGCGCAAGGCUAAGCUGCAGUUGCUGUUGGAUGCGGAGAGGUGGCGUGCCGCCGAGGUUCCGCAGGAGAUACAGAUACUUGUUGAUAAGCUAUCCAUAGGGGACGUGAAAUCUCUCCCCGGCUCUCCUGUCCCUGCAACCGGUAAUGGUCCUCACCACUCGUUCGACGCCCUUUCGCCAGCAGCGGCGUUACGUGUGGGAAGCCAGGACUACCUCACCGUCGGUGUCGCUUUGAUUCUAGUCAGCCUUGUGGGCGAGUACUGCGUCUGCGCGUUCGAUUUGCCCGCAUUGGCGUCGGUCAUCGCUAAGAAUCUGGCCGAUCUGCUCAGGACGUUUAAUUCCAAGUCGUGCCAGCUGGUGUUAGGUGCGGGUGCCCUUCGUACCGCUGGCCUGAAAACUAUCACCAGCACCAACCUGGCGCUAGCGUCCCGCAGCCUGCAACUGGUACUCUGGAUGAUACCACAUAUACGAUCCCACUUCUCCCCCCUCGCACCCACUGAGGCCAUGUCGUGCUUCGACACCGUCGAGGUGGAGGUCAACCACCAUGUGCAGCAGCUAGAGGUCAAGGUGGUGUCCAUCAUGAAUACGCUGCUAGGCGAUCAGUUGUUAGAGUGGGAUGCCAAACCGCCGUUGCCUAGCAAGCAGUUCAGGUGUAUCUCUAGGCAUUUGACGAAAUUACAUGAGGCUGUGUGUUCUGUUUUACCAGAGGAGCAGGUGGUGGAUAUCUAUGAGGCCAUUCACAAGAACUUCAAAGUGCGCUUAAGAGAGCAGCUGUCAAAGAUGAAUAUCCAGAACAACGGUGGCCCCCAACAUGGUGUCGUUACUUCGGAAAUGGUUUUCUAUUUGCAAACUAUGCGGACUUUGAAGGCUUUGCCCGAAAAACAUCUAUCUGAUAAAGCAAUGGAUGAUAUUUGGACGCGAUGAAAUUCCAUAAAUGUGAUGUAAAAUCUAGGUUGUAUCUAGCAGUCUUGAUCGCCCUAGGUCCUCUACUUCUCAGGGCGUGGGGCACAUGGAAAAAGGGAUGAGGGUUAAGUGUCGCUAUGUAUAUUUUAUUCACUGAAACAAAGCAGUUACGUCAUACUUAGAAAGUUUGAAUGCCAACCUUAAUGCAAAAUAGAUCCUAAAUUGGUACGUAUAGUUCGAAUUUACCGCGUAUAUUUAUGUUGGUAACAGUUUUCUGUGUGGUGACAUUGUCGCAAAGCUUGUCAGGUAAUUACGUUAACGGCUGUUGUUUAUUUGUGGUUUUCGUUCUUUUUACCUCAAUAUUUGCAUUGUUAUUUUAUAAAAACAUAGUUUUUCAAAACUUUGGGGUGUCCUUUUAAGCAUUUUGCUAAAAUGCCGAAACCUCUGGGUCGACAAGAACUCGUCAUUUCUUUGACGAAAUAUUUUGAGACCAAACGAGAUCAUGGAGCUCCAUUAUUACCUUUACACAAACAUACGCUCCGUAAUGUUAGAAUGCGGUAAGGCAUCGAAGACAUGAAGUAGAUUUUUUAAAACGUCCUAGGAUCUAGUAGCUUUAAUUAUUGUGGCAACCAUGUGCAUCACUAUCAUUAUUUGACGUUGUGACGUAAUUGCUUUGAUUCAGUGAAUGAACUAAUGACUUUACACAUAUUUACUUUGUGUCGUGGGUGUCUUGUCACCAUAGUAUUUUUGUCAUGCUUAUGGCAAAUCCGCCCAUACCGAGUAGUACACUGAUAUACGUACCAUCGAAUAUUAAUUAUUAGUGGAAAUUUUUUUGGGAAUGAAAAAAGGGCUGUUGUAUUUAAAAUAUACGUAUUUUGGAUGCAGUUCAGUGAUCCACAUCGUGAUAGUGGUGGUAUCUCCCCGGUCGACGGAAAACCGCCUACUACCUGUUGAGAUCAAAAAUUAGGUAAUUACCUUUUUUCAUACGUUGCGAUCGACCUUAUUGUACUUUUAUCUAGAAAUUAAGGGCGCCUUGUCAUAAAAAUGGAGGAUUAUUCAUGGGAGUUAUGGGGAGGCUGCAAAUGAUUCCCUAAAGUCAUUUGAUUAUGAUUUUUUAUAAUAUUCAAUAUCAGUGUACUGCGUUACCCAGAAGCUGAAGAAUUGCUCUAUAGUCGAUUAUUUAUUUGUAACAGUCGAACAAUAAAAAGCGAUAAGCAAAAGAUCUUGCUGGGAAAAUCAGAAUUGUUUCAGAAGUUUUGAGAGAUGUAUUUUGCUAUAGAAAACCCAAGUCUUCUGAUAUAGUAAAACGAGUUUUGUCCAAAAAAUUAUAUAUUUUUUGCAGAACUUGCUGCCAUCGUAUUUACAGAACUAAAAUCGUUAUGAAAAUCACACAAAACCAUUGAUGACCUUGUUGAAUUACCGGGCCAGUCUGUGACUAAUUUGAUACGAAUAUACAGUUACUAUUUCCUAUUGAACAUUAUGUUUAAACGAGGCUACCUUAUUUCGUUUGAAAAAAAUAAGUGACUGGGUUACUGCAUGGAAGUUGCAACUUUCUAGAUGGAAACGGUUAAUAAAAACUUUACUUACUUGACUUCACUACUUCACCAGGUAAAUAGGAGAAAAUAAUAAUCACAGACGACUGGAUUACUAGAUUUUAAGUAGAAUGAAAGUUUUCUAUCGAUUUAGGACCUAAAAUGUUGUAUGGAACACGUAUUACUUUGGUUGGGUUGGUUUUUGAUACAUAUUUAUAUUUUUUCAUGGGUUAGAUUAUAUAUACAAACAUAAAAAGUUUCGAAUACAAGUAGUAAAGAGGCUGUACCUUCUGACAUCGUAAGUCGUUUAUAGUUUAUUUGUUCAUGUGUACCAGUGACAGAUGGAUAUUGGAUUUUACCAUUGCAUUUCAUUCCAUUUGAGUAAUUCAAAAUUAUAUAAGUAUUAGUUUACUAAUAAUCAAUACGUCAAUAAUUGUGCGUGUUCCGCGGUUCAAGAGGUCACUUAUAAUUUGAAGUGUGAUUGGAAAUAUAAUAUGUUGUUUUAAACGGUUUUGUAUAUAUUUUUCUUAUUUUAUAACAUUGUUAUUUUACCAAAAAAUAAAAAGUAUGUAAUAUAAUGUUUUUCUUUCACUAAUCGGCGAAAUAGCCAUUAUUUACGGCAUUCCUACAUAGAGAAGUUGCACUUCCCUCCUAGGCAGGGCCGUCUUAACUCAGGGGCUCGCGGGGUCCGGGCCCAAGGCUCCGUCAUAAUGGAGAGGCCCCCAAAAGCCAAAUGCUUAUAUGCAAUGUUUUGGAUUUAAAUUCUGUGAAUGAUAAUCAAAAUUUUACCGAAGCUACAGGUUGCGUCAUCCAGCCAUCACAUAGACUACUACAACUUUUAUUCAUAAAGCAGUCGAUAACGGUGACAUAUAUUCGUAUAACUCCAACUGUACUGACCAUGAAGAUAUCAGUGAAGCUGAACUGACAGAAUGUUCACAUUUGGGACAUUAUCUGCUGACCUUGAAAAAUGGAUCGGGUAAAAGUAUUCCGGCAUUGCAUAGCCUCUUGAGGAGGGACACACUGGAGGGAACAUUACCAAAUGUGGAAAUUGCAACAAGAAUUUUCCUGUAUCUAAUGGUCACUAACUGCAGCGGAGAGCGGUCUUUUUCAAAGUUGAAGAGAACAAAAAAUGAAUCAAGAACGUCCAUGUCACAAGAACGCCUCACCAGUUUGUCCCAUAUGUCUAUAGUGACAUUUUGCAGAUUUUGUCCAAAUGAAAUCACGCCCAUAAUAUUGUUGUAAGGCAAUUUGUAAUUCAAUGAAUCUGUUUUAUAAGAAGUACGCCUGUCUUCGAUUUUUUUGGGGCCCCAAGCUCAUGUGGGCCCAGUGCUCCCGCAUGGCCUAAGACGGCCCUGCGCCUAGGUAAAUAAUGAUAAUAUAAAAAUCGCUUGAAAAAUAACGAACGUGUGCAUCCAAAUAGAACUUCACCUUGUUGAGCUACUGUUAUUAAAUCAUUUAUACAUUUUUUAAUAUUACUAAUUAUAUUGCUUAACUACAAGUGAAUAUAAGAG